CAUUGAUUACUGUGAAAGCAUCAUGAAUUACUGAAUUGGAAACUUAUAUUAUCACGUGACACCGAAACUGCUAAGGGGUGACGAAGAUGAUCAGAUGAUCACGAGGGAAAAGCUAAAGUAUCUAUAACACACCAUGUCCGUGAAGAAAUUCCUGGUGGUGUACGUGGGUCUCUUCAGCUGUGUGGGAGUGAGCGUUCAACGACCACCAAAGAUUACAGAACAUCCAAUUGAUCUUGUAGUAAAGAAAUUUGAGCCUGCCAAGUUAAACUGUAAAGCAGACGGAGAACCGACUCCAGAAAUUGAAUGGUACCACAAUGGCGAACGGAUCAUUCACGACACGCCAAACCGGAUGAUCUUACCCAAAGGCGUCUCUCUUUUCUUCCUUCGCAUCAUACAGAACAGAAGAGAACAAGAUACUGGCACCUACUGGUGUGUUGCCCGGAACCUUCUCGGUGUAGCAAGAAGUCGAAAUGCAACCAUUGAACUUGCGG